AACGUCUCUCUUAACAACUCGCCCUGCAUUGCAGGGAGGGCAAACUAAAUCUCAUUAACGUCGUUGGACAGAGCGUAGCCAAUUUUUUUCGUGGAACAUCUCCUCAAAAGAAUGACGGAAGAGGUAAUCAACUCCACAAUCACCACCACCAACAACAAUAAAUCUCCACUUAAUGAUAACAUUGACACCAACAACAUUGUCAAAGAACCAAAAUUAAGUGUCAAUGGUAAUAAUGGAGAGAAAACAAUCAAUACCAAGGAGAAGAAAAAGCAAGGUGCUUUCAGCUUCCUCAGAGCUGCAUCGCUCAAGCUGCGCCGUCGAUCUAUUGAUCUAAAGCAUCAGAAAAUUUCUCAGGAACCGGUGCCUAAUGCGGAUUCAAAAGGAGAUAAUUGGAAGAAGCUGGUGGGUUCAAUGAGGCCUUUACAUCUCCAAGACAAUGAAUCACCACCAACUCCCCACCAGCCGCCGCCGGUGAAAUCUCCAUCGCCGAUGGUAGAAUGCUGUGAAAAUGUGUCCUCUCCAUCACCCUCCACUUCCUCUGCAGGAACCAUGAGUCAGUAUGCUUCAGCAAAUAAUCUCCAAGAACUCUACGGUGAGAGCAGCGACGAUGAAGAGGAAGAUCCUGACCAGGUAUUUGAUGCAAUUGGAGCAGACGAGAUGAUUGAUGCAAAAGCAGAGAAUUUCAUAGCUCAAUUUUACGAACAAAUGAGGCGUCAACAGUGAUAGCAAUUCAUCAAACACAUAAAAGGCAUGCACGUAAGCGUCUAAUUUCAUUUCAUUCAUUUUGUAGUAUUAAUUAAUUAAUUAAUUAAUUUUUGCAAAGGCAUUACAUCUCAGAACUAGUGUAGAGAUGUCUCUGCCUUUUGCUCUGAUGUCUCUUAGAUCUUUACUGAUUAGUUCCAAAUGGAGCAGGUUUUUUUCUACCUUUGUUAAGUAGGUACAAUGGAUUACAUUGUAAUGAAGGAAUAUGUAUCUGAAUCUAAGAGAUUAUUUUUGUUAAGAUAUAAAAGUUGUACUCCUAUUUUAUUACA